AUGUCCAGCGGUCCUGAUCCUAGUAAGGGGCUCUGGAACAGACCUUCAACAGAGAUGGCUUUGUCUUUGAGGCAGCACACCGGCGGAUCCAUGGUCGGCAAACGGCUACUGACACAUGGAAGACGAAGCGGCGAUGUCUCAGCAAGAUCAGGCCUAGUAAUGCUCCCCAGCUGGGCAGCGAGAGGGAGAGAGCGCGUCGAUCGAUCAAGGAUCCUAGUCCUAGUGCCUUCCUCGGCUGUGGUCUUGGCGUUACCGGUUGCGUGGUCCCUGCCAUUCAGCGCCUCACCACCCGCCCGUGAAGGCAUUAUUGACUAUAAAACGUAUGAGUGAAAGGAGAAUUGGAGAAAAAAGCUGGUCGUCUGUCGCCAUCAAGGCCGAGGAAAGGACAAAAGGGUGAAGGAACAGCCCAGCUCAGCUCGAGAUAUAACGUGUAGGAUUUUUUUUUUUGAGCUGCUAUUUUGAUCAAACGUAGGCGAAGUACCGCGACUCGUAGACUAUCAGUUACAGCACCUCCUUUUUGUUACAUGCAGCGAGCUUGAUCUCUGAAUGUCGUAUGUACACUCCUUGUUUGAGCUAUAGAGAAUAAGCUGGG